UGGAGAAUUGGGCUGCUGAGCUCAUGGCAAAGGCUUCCAGCAGGGUGGGGGUGGAUACCAGGCCUAUAAAGACCCUGCCAACCUGUGGCCAGCACAGCCUUGCUAGGACUGCACCAUGGCCAGCUCCGAGGCCUUGCAGAGGGCCACAGCACUCAUUGAGCAGCGGCUGGCGCAGGAAGAGAAUGAGCAGAAACUCCAAGCCCCUCCCGGGCAGAAGAUGUCCAUGGAUGCACUGGUGCUGGAGGAUGAGAAGCACCACGGGGCUCAGAGCCUGGCCCUGCAGAAAGUGAAGAGCCAGGAACGUGUCCGGAAGACCUCUCGUGACCUUCGGCAAGAGAUCAUAGAUGUGGGUGGGAUCCAGAACCUCAUUGAGCUGCGGAAAAAACGGAAGCAGAAGAAGCGGGAAGCCCUGGCCGCCCAGGAACCUCCUCCGGAGCCCCAGGAGAUCACUGGCCCUGUAGAUGAUGAGACCUUCCUGAAAGCUGCAGUGGAGGGCAAAAUGAAGGUCAUUGACAAGUUCCUGGCCGAUGGGGGUCCUGUGGACACCUGUGAUCAGUUUCACCGGACUGCACUGCACCGAGCAUCUCUGGAGGGCCAUAUGGACAUCCUGGAGAAGCUUCUGGAAAGUGGGGCCACUGUGGAUUUCCAGGAUCGGCUGGACUGCACAGCCAUGCACUGGGCCUGCCGUGGGGGCCACUUAGAGGUGGUGAAGCUCCUGCAAAGUCGAGGAGCGGACACCAGUGUGAGGGAUAAGCUGCUGAGUACCCCUCUGCACGUAGCAGUCAGGACAGGACACGUGGAAAUUGUGGAGCAUUUUCUGUCCCUGGGUCUGGACACCAAUGCCAAGGACAGAGAAGGGGACAGUGCCCUGCACGAUGCUGUGAGGCUCAAUCGCUACAAGAUCAUCAAGCUGCUGCUCCUGCAUGGGGCUGACAUGAUGGCCAAGAACCUGGCAGGGAAGACCCCUGCAGACCUGGUGCAGCUGUGGCAGUCGGACACCCGACAAGCUCUGGAGCACCCUGAGCCGGGGUCAGAGCAGAAUGGGCUGGAGGGGCAUGUGGAGAAUGGGCAGGAGCCCCCUCAGCCUGUGCCAGUCCAGUAAACACCUGCUCCCCCCAGCUGGCUAGCCAGAGUCUCACUCCCAGAGCUGAGCCCCAGCAAUCCUCCAGGGAUGAGCUGGGAGCACUCACAUGCCACUGCAAUAAAACAAGUUUGGUUUGUUUUUUGCUA